AUGAUCAGCACGACGUCGUUAUUUAUGGCCGGCGGACUGAAGGAGACCUUCUACAUCUCCCACGGCUCGCCAACGCUGGCGAUCGACGACUCCUUGCCGGCGAGGCACUUCCUCAAAUCUUUCCGGCAGAGGGUGCUGGCCCAGAAGCCCACCUCCAUUCUCAUGGUCUCGGCUCAUUGGGAAACCGUCGAGCCCACCGUCAACGCCGUUAACGGGCCUUCAGACACCAUUCACGAUUUCUACAAUUUUCCCAAGCCCAUGUAUCAGCUCAAGUACCCGGCACCCGGAGCGCCUGAGCUGGCGGUGAAGGUGAAGAAGCUACUUGAAGAAACUGGGUUCGAGCGGGUCCACGUGGACAAGAAGCGCGGUCUGGAUCACGGGGCGUGGGUCCCGCUCAUGCUCAUGUAUCCGGACGCUGAUAUUCCUGUCUGCCAGCUGUCAGUUCAGACGAACAUGAACGCCACCCAUCACUAUAACAUGGGGAAGGCAUUGGCCCAACUCAAGAAAGAAGGAGUUCUUGUAGUUGGUUCGGGCUCGGCCGUGCAUAACCUAAGGACCAUGGAAAACAUCAAAGGCUCUGUGGCUUCAUGGGCUGCCGAGUUUAACGAGUGGCUUAAAGAAUCGCUCCUUGAUGGAAUGUACGAAGACGUGAACAACUAUGAAGCGAAGGCACCAUUUGCCAAACUGGCACACCCACGGCCGGACCAUUUCUAUCCAUUACACGUUGCAAUGGGUGCAGCCGGUGCUCAACCAAAAGCAGAGCUCAUCCACGACAGCUGGACAAAUUACACUCUCUCUUACGCUUCUUACAAGUUCACAGAUUCAACCUAA